AUGCCAGCAGACUUUGAGAAGCAGAGCUACUGGCGCUCACGCUUCGCCUCGGAGACGUCGUUCGAGUGGCUGACGUCUUCAGCAACCUUCAUGUCCAUCCUAGAGCCCUACCUAUCCAGCUCUCCCCGACCCGCGCGGAUCCUCCAGCUGGGCUCCGGCACGUCGGACCUGCACACCCGGUUCCGCGCGCGCGGCUAUCUGGACGUGACAAACGUCGACUACGAGCCCCUAGCCCUCGAGCGCGGGCGCGCGCUGGAAGCGCGGGUUUUUGGCGAUGUUCGGCUCGAGUAUGCCGUUGCCGACGCGACGCGUCUCGACCGUGACCUGUUGCCCAAGUCACAGCCCCAGUCACAGUCACGUCAUGGCUUUGAUGUUGUGGUGGACAAGAGCACGGCCGAUGCCGUCUCGUGUGGGGGAGCAGAGGCGGUGUUAAGAAUGGCGGAGGGUGUCAGACGGUGUCUUGCUGAUGGGGGCGUAUGGAUAUCGCUUAGCUACUCGGGUGAGAGAUAUGAGGUUGAUGGGCUGCCUUUUGACGUGGAGAUUGUGGCUAAGAUACCGACGCCUAAAGUUAAGGCGGGUAAUCCGGAGGUUUGGCAUUGGUGUUACGUCCUUCGUCCCUUGGAGGAUGAGAUGUGUAGGCGUGACAGUGACGACAGGUCGGACUAA